AAAGAAAGGAUCGUUUCUAUUUCUUCCCUUCCACACAAAUAGAUCAUUGCGCUCUCUCUCUCUCUCUCUCUCUCUCUCUCUCUUCGCACGCACACACAACACACACUCUCUCCCUCCCUUUCCGAUUUCAUUGUACGGACACGAAUGGGGAUAUACCUCAGCAGCCCGAAAACAGAUAAGGCGUCUGACGAUGGUGAGAACGACAGGCUUCGCUACGGUUUGUCUUCCAUGCAGGGCUGGCGUGCUUCAAUGGAAGAUGCUUGGGAUAAAUUUCCCUCCUCUAGCAUUCUUACACACAUGAGAAAUUACUUCUCUUUGGAAGUGAACUACAUACAUAUGAUGCAGAUGCUUGCUCAUCCAUAUUUGGACGAAUCUACGUCUUACUUUGGUGUUUAUGAUGGCCAUGGAGGCAAAGCAGUUUCAAAAUUCUGUGCCAAGUAUCUACACCAGCAGGUGCUUAAGAGUGAAGCUUAUUUGGCUGGAGAUUUGGGCACAUCUUUACAGAAAUCUUUCCUCAGAAUGGAUGAGAUGAUGCGUGGACAAAGAGGGUGGAGGGAAUUAGCAGUCUUGGGAGAUAAAAUAGAAAAGAUUUCUGGUAUGCUAGAGGGUUUUAUAUGGUCUCCCAGGAGUAGUGAAGCCAAUGACCGUUUUGAUGAUUGGGCUUUUGAGGAGGGACCCCAUUCUGAUUUUAGUGGACCAACCUCUGGAAGCACAGCAUGUGUGGCUGUCAUGCGAGGAAACAAACUUGUUGUUGCUAAUGCUGGAGAUUCUAGAUGUGUGUUAUCAAGGAAGGGCCAGGCACACAAUUUGUCUAAAGAUCACAAGCCUGAACUCGAGGCUGAGAAAGACAGGAUUCUAAAAGCUGGUGGUUUCAUCCAAGUUGGACGGGUCAAUGGAAGUUUAAACUUGGCUAGAGCAAUUGGAGAUAUGGAAUUCAAGCAGAACAAGACUUUGCCUGCCGAAAAGCAGAUUGUGACUGCUGAUCCGGACAUAAAUUCAGUUGAGCUUUGUGAUGAUGAUGAAUUUCUUGUAAUAGCUUGUGAUGGAAUAUGGGAUUGCAUGUCUAGCCAGCAGCUUGUGGACUUUAUACAUCAACAGUUAAAGACAGAGGAUAAACUUUCUGCGGUUUGCGAGAAAGUAUUUGAUAGGUGCUUGGCACCAACAGCUGGGGGUGAGGGAUGUGAUAACAUGACCAUGAUCUUGAUUCAGUUCAAGAAACCUUCCAGCCCAGAUGCUUCUGUCACGACCCAGCCCCAGUCAUCUGCCCAACCAGCUGAAGCUGAUAGAGUUUCAGAGAAAAUAGGAUCAAAGUGAGAGAUUUUCAGUCCUGACUUGAUAGCCUUCAAUUUCUUACUGCAUGUUGAAGCAUUGGUGAGCAGAGGUUCUUGGGUACUAUUUUAUAUCCAGAUUUCAGGAUGUUAAUUCUCAAUAGGGGAUUGUAAAUUUGUGACGAAACUGCUGUUUCGUGGGGCUAUCAUUGGCUUUGUACAUAAAGUGUGGAUGUCUAAAAUAUGAAGGAAAAAAAAAUGGUUCAGCAAGCAUGCUGAUAGACAGUUACCUGGACGGCUAAAAUCACCUUUGGGAAACUUACCAAUGCAAUAUUUUCACUGACCUAAAUAAUGCGUAAAAGAACGUGUCUGGUUUCUGGAGCUAUAUUCAUUACCUAUGAUCAGUAGAAGUUCCUUAAGGAUUUAGUUGUGUGUACGAAAGUUUAAAAAAUGUGAUCUUUUUGGUUUCUGUACUCCAAAGACUGGUCCCCUUUACAGUUGAUGCACCCGUGAUUCUCUUGACGGUGUUA